UGCAAGUGACCUGUGUUGUGUUUGGGAUUUGACUUGUGAGAAUGAGAAUGGGAAGAAGAUCUCAUCCUUUUCUUCUUGUCUGAGAGCAAAAGUCCAAACAGUGCAUACAGCACCAAACAAACACACGCACACCCUCUUCACUAUUCAGAUUUGAAACAACCAAUUUUACUCUUACAUUACAAUCACUCGUACUUAGUGGAUGCUGAAAGUUACUCUGUUGGCUGUUGGAAACUCGUAAACCACAGGAAUUGGAAAGCAUGUCGAGAGAUGGAGCUUAGAUUGGAGAAAUGGGGUGUGUGAUUAGCAGGGAAGUGUCCAAGGGAAUAAUCUCUGAGGUGAAGGAAGAGAGGAGUUUGAGUGGUGAGUCUAAGAGGGAGGUGUCAGGGAGCAAAAGGGAGGGUGUAGAGGUUCAGAAUGGGGGGAACCAGAAGGAGAAGGAGAAGGGUGGUGGUGGGGAAGGGGUGCAGCGGCCUCGGGCCGAAAGAAGGAGAUCGAAGGCGAAUCCAAGGCUGAGCAAUCCGGCAAAGCAUUUGCGUGGGGAGCAGGUUGCAGCUGGGUGGCCUCCCUGGCUCACUGCAGUGUGUGGGGAAGCACUCAAUGGCUGGAUUCCGCGAAAGGCUGACACGUUUGAGAAAAUUGAUAAGAUUGGGCAAGGAACUUAUAGUAACGUGUACAAAGCUAAAGACACGUUGACGGGUAAGAUUGUUGCACUAAAAAAGGUUCGGUUUGACAAUUUGGAACCUGAGAGUGUAAAAUUCAUGGCAAGAGAGAUUCUUAUUUUGCGAAGGUUGGAUCAUCCCAAUGUUGUAAAGUUGCAAGGUUUAGUUACAUCAAGGAUGUCUUGUAGUUUGUAUUUGGUGUUCGAUUACAUGGAGCAUGAUUUGGCUGGACUUGCUGCAAGCCCGGGAAUCAGGUUCACAGAGCCUCAGGUAAAAUGUUACAUGCAUCAGCUGCUAUCAGGACUGGAGCACUGUCAUAACCGUCACGUACUUCACCGUGAUAUUAAAGGUUCAAAUCUUCUUGUUGACAAUGAGGGAAUACUUAAGAUUGCCGACUUUGGACUGGCAUCUAUUUUUGAUCCAAACCACAGGCAUCCCAUGACUAGUCGUGUAGUGACCCUUUGGUAUCGGCCUCCCGAGUUGCUUCUUGGUGCCACGGAUUAUAGUGUGGGUGUAGAUCUCUGGAGUGCUGGAUGUAUUUUAGGGGAGUUAUUGGCUGGGAAGCCAAUUAUGCCUGGUCGUACUGAGGUGGAGCAACUGCACAAGAUAUACAAACUAUGCGGUUCACCUUCUGAUGAGUAUUGGAAGAAGUCAAAGUUGCCUAAUGCUACCUUGUUUAAACCUCGAGAGCCAUACAAGAGACGCAUAAGAGAGACAUUUAAAGAUUUUCCACCUUCUGCUCUACCACUCAUUGAUACUCUUCUUGCAAUUGAUCCUGUAGAACGAAAAACUGCCUCAGAUGCUUUAAGAAGUGAGUUUUUUACCACUGAGCCUUAUGCAUGUGAUCCUUCUAGUCUUCCAAAAUAUCCCCCAAGCAAGGAAAUGGAUGCUAAACGACGAGAUGAUGAAAUGAGGAGACUAAGAGCUGCAGGCAAAGCUCAGGCUGAUGGUCCAAAGAAGCACCGCACGCGUGAUCGGGCAGUAAAAGCUUUUCCUGCUCCUGAAGCCAACGCUGAGCUUCAAUCAAAUAUUGAUAGAAGACGUCUAAUCACUCAUGCAAAUGCUAAGAGCAAGAGUGAAAAGUUCCCUCCACCGCAUCAAGAUGGACAACUUGGUUUUCCUUUGGGAUCUUCACAUCAUAUUGAUCCUGAUACUGUUCCUACAGAUGUCUCUUUCACGUCAACCUCGUAUACCUAUUCAAAGGAACCAUUCCAAGCUUGGUCUGGUCCCAUUGGUAACACUGCUGACAUUGGAGUGUCAAAGCGGAAGAAACACACUACAGGCGAUGCAUUGGAUUUAUCAAGACCACUAAAAGGUGGCCUCAAGGAGAAGGCUAAAGGAAAGAAAAUCAUAGCUUAGAUAUUUAGUACAUUCUUAUAGAGUCAAUUAAGCAUCUUCCCUCUACUACCUCACUUUUGAAUGCAGACCAAUGCUGCGCAAUGCGCUUUUAAACGUGUCCUGCUGCUUGCUAGCUUCCUGAGUUAAGUAUAAUAACUUCUGGGUUCUCAGCAAGGCAUAAAAAUCAUUUUUCCCCCUCUUUACACCUUCAAUUUCUUUCUCAUAAUUUCUUAUUUCUUGGUUUUUAUUAAAAUGAAGAGUUCUUUUCUGUUCGAUCUGUUGGUAUGAUGAGAUAAUUACUAUAAUGUACAUCGUGAUUUUUUUAAAGAAGUCCCGUGUUAAUAUCUGAGUUCUGUUUAACUUGUUGAGAAUAGUAUAAAUUCUUGAGCUAUUUUCGUGUUCUCAUCUCUAUUGGGGAUGAAAUCACUUGCGUAUCUUGUAAUCCUUUUAGAAAAAACAGCUCGUCAAAUUU